AAGGGGCUUACUUUUUUUUUCCCAGCGGAAAUUCUGGAGCUGGCUGGAAAUGCAGCAAGGGACAACAAGAAGGGUCGAGUCACUCCUAGACACAUCCUGUUGGCUGUAGCAAAUGAUGAGGAAUUAAAUCAGCUAUUGAAAGGGGUCACCAUAGCCAGUGGUGGAGUGUUGCCCAAUAUUCACCCAGAGCUGUUGGCAAAGAAGCGGGGCUCAAAAGGAAAACUGGAAGCCAUCAUCACACCACCUCCAGCAAAGAAGGCAAAGUCUCCAUCACAGAAAAAAACUGUAUCAAAGAAAACAGGUGGAAAGAAAGGAGCAAGGAAAUCCAAGAAGAAGCAGGGAGAAGUGAGCAAAUCAGCCAGUGCUGACAGCACAACAGAGGGAACUCCUGCAGAUGGCUUCACAGUCCUGUCCACAAAAAGUCUGUUUCUUGGCCAGAAGGUAUGUUCAUGCAUUUUUAUAAAUGAAUACCUAUUUUUCUGUGCCGCUUAGGGAAUAGCCCCUCUCACCACUCCCUCCUCCCCAGAACAUCCAGGUACAAUUGACAUUUCUCCACUGCACGUGUGGAGGUGUACGAAAUUAGUUUAUGAACCAGAAAUUCUCUGAAACAACUUCUAGAACAUUUAAAAAAUACAUAAAUGAGUCUUCAUAAACCUACAUAAUUAAAUAUUCAAAUAGAAAGAAAGCCUGUGUGCUUGUAAUCUAUCAUGGCUUACCCACAGACAGCACAAUUGCUACAGCUAAGCUUUUGCCAGAGACAAAAUUACUGUAAGAAUAAAAUGGC